AUGACAAGCAUAAGCUACCUCCAUGUUCUGAACGACCCUGAGGAAAACCAAAAGAUGCUAUUCAAACUGCCGAAUUAUUUAAUUAACAGAUGGGGAAGAGAAGUCGACGCAUGCAUUUCCGAUGAAACAGCACAAGCCAGCGAAAGCGACACCCCAGGAUUCCCGCCCUUUUCAAGAUUUUGUGCCUUUUUGCAAAAGGAAGCGCGCAUCGCUUGUAACCCUGUGAUAUCGCACCCAUCUUCGAGGAAUGGAGGCAGGAAAUUCGAGCCACAACAGGAAUCCCGUCAAGGCACACAGAACCGAAAUCCCCCACCGAGACAAAUAGGGGUUCGCGCUACCGGCGUCGAAGAAAAGGAAUCUGGCGGCGACCAUCAAAAACAAAAAGAACAAGGCUCAACCCCAGAGUGUCCAAAAUGCAAAGGAGUACAUUCCCUCGAGACAUGUGAAGAUUGCCGACGGAAGAAGACGUGCAAGACCUGCAAAGGCACACAUUCUUCGACCUUGCACGACCCUAACUAUGUUCCUAAACAAAGGAAUCGCAAUGGCGAAGAAAGAGAAAAUCCAGAAUCCUCUGUUAUCAAUCGCAUCGUAACUAAAAGGACACAGAACGAAGCAAGCUCCUUAAUCGUCCCGGUUUGGGUUCAUCACGCGUCAGACCCUUCACAAAAACACCUUGUGUACGCGCUGCUCGAUGAUCAGUCAGACGCCUGUUUUGUUAAGGACAGUGUCCUCGAGAAGCUGUCAAUCAACGGUUUCGACACACAGCUAGAGCUAAACACCGUAUUAGGAAAGGACGUUAUUAAAUGCAAAAAGGUAAACGGACUCGUCUUCAAAGGCUUGAAUCAAACAACGGAAAUCUCUCUUCCUCGUUCCUAUUCGCGAGAUUCCAUCCUCGCAAGGCGCUCACAGAUACCAACUCCAGAACUCGCGCGCACGUGGCCUCACCUUGAACAAAUCGCCAACGAACUGUCGCCGCACAAAGAAGAUAUCGAAGUGGGCCUACUAAUUGGCAAUAACUGCGCGCGCGCCAUCAGGCCACGAGAGAUAAUUCCCAGAGGAGAGGACGACCCCUAUGGACAAAGGACGCUUCUAGGAUGGGGUAUCAUCGGAAAAACUGUCCCAAAUGCAGUUGGCGAGUCAGACGCACACAUCAAUACAAUCGUGACUACCGACCCAGCAAUCGAUGGCUCAACAUGUCAUUUUGUUUUUCGCACGCAAACUAAAGAGAUUAUCUCGCCAUCGCAAAUAAAUAAGAUGUUCGGACAGGACUUUGUCGAAAAUACCGCCGCCGAGGAGAAGACCCUCUCUCGAGACGAAAGAAGUUUUCUAGAUCAAAUGGACUCCUCUAUCCGUCAGCUCCAGGACGGGCGCAGAUACUUUUCCUAACAACCGACAAAUCGCAUUAGGUCGCUUACUAGGCCUAAAGAAACGACUCACGAACGACUUUAUGGCGAAUACUACAGAUCCUUCAUGCGCGACGUCAUCGAGAAAGGGCACGCUGAAGAGGUCCCUGUCAAAGAGUUACGAAGAAACGACGGUAAAGUUUGGUUCCUACCCCAUCACGGUGUAUAUCACCCACAGAUAAACAAGAUGAGAGUGGUAUUCAACGCGAGCGCAGAGUACAACGGUACAUCGCUGAACCGGAGCCUAAUGCAAGGACCGGAUAUGACAAACAACUUAACAGGAGUCCUUCUUCGCUUCAGGAAAGAAGAAGUAGCCUUUAUGGCAGAUAUAGAAGGGAUGUUCCACCAAGUGAAGGUCGCCCCAGAAAAUCGAGAUCUCCUUCGUUUCUUGUGGUGGGAAGACGGAGACACAUCGAAACCCGUAAAGGAAUAUCGCAUGACCGUCCACUUGUUCGGAGCAACAUCUUCUCCCGCGUGUGCAAACUUCGCUCUGAAGAGAACCGCGGAAGACAACAAGGAGGAAUUCGGUGAAGACGCCGCAAACUUCGUGCGGGAAGAUUUUUAUGUUGACGACGGUUUGAAGUCGGUGCCGACGGUAGAAGAAGCAAACGAGCUCAUCACCAAAACAAAGGCAAUGUGCCGCAAAGGUUGGUUUAACAUACAAAAGUUCACAAG